AUGGAGCGGAGCCAGUCGGAGCUGAAAUGUGAGGCGUCUCAACAUAGGGCCAGCAGUGUGGAGGAGCAAAGAAGGAGGGAGGCCCAGGACUCACUGGUGCGCAGGCUGCAGAGAAGGGUGCUGCUGCUCACUAAGGAGCGUGAUGGGAUGCGUGGGAUCCUGGAGUCAUACGAUGGCGAGUUGGCCUCCACAGAAUACGCUCCUCAGCUUAGCAAAAGAGUGAAGGAGGCGGAGGACCUGCUGCACAAGAGCCAGGCCUACAGCUCAGACAUGGAGGUCCAGCUGAGCAAAGUCCAGGAGGAGUGUGGAGCUCUCCGCCAGCAGCUGCACGCAAUGGAGCAGGAGCUGACAAAGCUACAAGCCACAGCGGCAGAGAAUGUAUCCACGGCGAGCAGGGAGGAGCUUGCCAUCCUCAGCUGA